AUGAAUUUGUUCAAUAUGAAUGUUACGCAAAAAUGUCUAAUUGCGGAGUGCUGGAUUCCAACGGCAGACGUGCCACACAUUCGAGAUUCAUUGGACACUACCAGUAUGGGCGUUGGUGAUUCGGUGGCACCGUCAUUCCUUUACGAAGUUGGAUGCAGUCAAAUACCGCCAACUUAUUUUCGACUGAAUAAGUUUACGCACUCCUUUCAGAUGAUUGUCGACUCCUACGGCAUAGCAACUUACCGGGAAAUCAAUCCAGCGCCUUGGACAAUAAUAACAUUUCCAUUUUUGUUCGCUGUGAUGUUCGGUGAUGCUGGUCAUGGCCUGAUCAUGUUCCUCGCCGCACUUGCAUUGAUUCUUGUUGAGAACAGGAUUAAACCAGAUGACGAGGUCGCAAUUGUCAAGUUGUGA